AUGGCAGACAGGAGGCUGUCUGUUGCAGAGUCUGUUCAGACGGGGAGCAGUGACGCGCCCUAUUCGCAAACAUCCCCUGCAGUGCCCAAUGCAGGCCAUUCGAGUUUCAGAAGACAACGCGCAUCCCGAGCUUGCGAGGUUCGAUGUGACGCUGCCAGUCUCGGAGUGCCUUGUACCAAUUGUGUCGCCUUCUCCAUCGAAUGCCGGAUCCCGACCCCAAAGCGGAAGAAGAAUCAACAGGCUCGGAGCAGGGAUACCGACGGUGACGAGGCAGACAAUAAUGGCUCCGAUGAACAAGCACAUGAAAGUCAACCCCGGGAGACCCCCGAGUAUUCCUCUACAAAUGCCAUGUCCAUCGAUGGCAUGCCCACGACCGCCUUGACAUCGUCUCAACAAGCGCAGGAAGCCGUCAAUGCAAACACCUAUGCCCAGUUCAUGAAGCCCAAAUUCACCCGGGCUCCCAUCAAGGAAGCCGGAAGAGUCGCCUAUCUAGGCGAGUCGUCGAACCUCUCCCUCCUCGUCCACGACCGAGGCCACUCCGAUGUCGUUCACUACCCGCUGCCGGAGAAUAUUCGAGGCACACGUGCCCGCCUGACCGAACUGGACAAUCUGGAAAUUGAAAUCCUUCACCAGCGUGGUGCAUUCUUGCUACCCCCGCGACAGCUCUGCGAUGAGCUUGUCGAGGCUUAUUUCAAAUGGGUUGCCCCGGUCGUACCCAUUAUCAACCGGAACCGCUUCAUGCGACGAUAUCGCGACCCCAAGAACCCGCCGUCUCUGCUCCUGUUGCAGGCCAUCCUGUUGGCUGGAUCGCGUGUCUGUAGUAACCCGCAGUUAAUGGACCAGAAUGGCUCUACGAUUCCAGCCUCGACGACCUUUUACAAGCGAGCCAAGGCUCUUUACGAUGCCAAUUAUGAAGAUGACCGAGUCACUAUUGUUCAAGCUUUAGUUUUGAUGGGCUGGUAUUGGGAGGGACCAGAAGAUGUCACCAAGAAUGUCUUUUACUGGAGCCGGGUUGCUAUCGUCGUAGCCCAGGGCUCUGGCAUGCAUCGAAGUGUGGAGAGCUCUCAGCUCAAUAGAACAGACAAACGACUCUGGAAGCGGAUUUGGUGGACUUUGUUUACAAGAGAUCGCUCUGUUGCCGUUGCGCUUGGACGGCCAAUCAAUAUCAACAUUGAUGACUCGGAUGUCGAAAUGUUGACAGAAGAAGACUUUAUCGAGGACGAGGGCGAUGCCCCUGCAGAGUACCAGCCGGAUCCGGUGCACGUGCAGUUCUUCCUCCAAUACGUCAAGCUGUGUGAGAUCAUGGGCCUCGUCUUGUCGCAGCAAUACUCGGUGGCGUCCAAGUCACGACGAACGAAUGCCAUUGAUCUCACCCAUUCCGACAUGGCGCUGGCGGAUUGGUUGCAGAACUGCCCCAAGGAAGUUUAUUGGGAGAGAUCUCGGCACCAUUUCUGGGGCGCUCUUCUUCACUCGAAUUACUACACGACGCUCUGUCUGUUACAUCGAGCCCACAUGCCGCCAGCAUCGGCGAGCGCCAACAGCUAUCGAACGGAAGAAAUAACGUAUCCAUCGCGGACAAUUGCAUUCCAGGCAGCCGGUAUGAUUACGUCGAUUGUGGAAAAGUUACAGGCCCACGACGAGAUUCGCUUCACUCCGGCAUUUAUCGUGUACAGUCUUUUCUCCGCCCUGAUCAUGCACGUUUACCAGAUGCGGUCGUCUGUGCCCUCGGUUGUAGCAACGUGCCAGGAGCGAAUGGGCAUUUGUAUGCGCGCUCUGAAAGAUGUGUCAAAGGUGUGGCUGGUUGCAAAGAUGGUGCACACGUUGUUCGAGUCUAUUUUGGGCAACAAAGUCCUGGAGGAGCGAUUGCAAAGAGCCCCUGGCAAGCGACACCAAAAAUCUCGUACUGAGACCAACAUCCAUCAAAACGGCAACAACCACCAGCAGCAGCCACAGAAGAAAACCGAUCCACCAAAACGAAAGUUUGACGAUAUGGAUCUGGGGCUGCCCAACGGUGGCCCUACACCACCGGUGUCUUAUGAGCGCUCACGUCCUCAGACCCCAGCAGCCACGCCACUUCGCGAGUUCCCUCCACACGGCCAGCCUGGUAUGAACCCAAUGCAGGCGUCUCCCAGCAUGGCCAAACUUCCAGACGGCACAGGGCCUUCGCGAGGCAACACGAGACCUACGACUCCCUUCAACGCGCCAUUUUCUCUUCCUGCCACGCCUCCCGAUCUCUUCCUUGUUACGCGUAACUCGCCAAAUCUCUCACCGACGCUGUGGGAGAAUUUCCAGCCCGACCAGCUGUUCCCCGAUGGCACUAAUUUCUUCCCCACGCUCCCGUCCCCUCAAAACACCAUGAUGGAUCCUCAGAUGCCACCAGCAAAUCCAAUGCAAGGACAAGGACCUCCGAUGAUGAACCAACAAAUGCCGACUCGCAACGUGGCCGGCGCCCACAGCAGCCCGCCUUUGGUGACUGCCAUUCCACCCGAGAUGGGUGGCAUCCAGAGAGCGCCGCCAUCACACAACAUGUUUGGGCUCGAGCACACGCAGUCAUGGCAGGGACUCGAUGCAGCACUGGCUGGAAAUAGCGUCGACACUGCAAGUCAAGAAGACAACUGGAGCAACAGCUCCCGUAGCAAUGGGCCCACUGCGCCAACGACUCUAAAUGUGGAAGAUUGGUUCCAAUUCUUCGGCAUCAAUGGAGGCUUUGGCGACCUCGUGACCGAUCCAAUGGCUAGCUAA